GGCAUUAUCAUCACAAAGUGCUGGUUGUAGAAGAAAUAAGAAGUAGUAAUUUUCAAUUUCAUAAAUCGCUCUGUUUCCAAUAAGUUCAGUUCAAAAAUUAUCAGAAAAUAUAACUUUUGAUAAAAUAAGUAUUAUAUUAUAUACUAAAAAUCUAAUAAGUACAACCAUACAGCGCCAGUGAACAGUUUUUCAACGUGGAAUCAAUUACUAAUUCUAAAAAGUUAUAAUGAGUGCUCAGCCUAGUCCCGCCUGCAUGACCCCAUCAACCGAACAAGAAAGGGUAUUUCAAUGGAUCAACGAAUUAGCCCAUCCGGAGAGUCGGGAAACAGCUUUACUCGAAUUGAGUAAGAAACGUGAAACAGUGACAGAUCUCGCGCCAAUGCUAUGGCAUAGUUUUGGCACCACCGCCGCCCUAUUACAGGAGAUAAUUAAUAUUUAUCCAUCGAUUAAUCCUGCCACACUCACUGCACAUCAAUCAAAUCGCGUAUGUAGUGCGUUAUCAUUGCUGCAAUGUGUAGCAUCGCAUCCAGAGACGCGUACAGUGUUCCUUCAGGCACAAAUACCAUUGUUCCUGUAUCCAUUUUUGCAAACAACAUCUAAAACACGGCCAUUCGAAUACCUUAGGCUAACAAGUUUAGGUGUAAUUGGCGCACUAGUUAAGGCUGAUGAGCAAGAAGUGAUAACUUUCCUUUUAGCAACUGAAAUCAUUCCACUGUGUCUGCGAAUAAUGGAAACCGGCUCAGAGCUGAGCAAAACUGUGGCUACUUUUAUCCUGCAAAAGAUAUUAUUGGACGAGAGUGGUCUCUCGUAUAUUUGUCAAACGUAUGAGCGUUUUUCGCAUGUUGCUAUUAUUUUGGGCAAAAUGGUUAUACAACUUGCCAAGGAGCCUUCUGCACGUCUACUGAAGCAUGUCGUACGAUGUUAUUUACGUCUUUCCGACAAUCCCAGAGCACGUGAGGCUUUGCGACAAUGUCUUCCAGAUCAGCUGCGUGAUACGACAUUUUCAGUAUGUCUUCAGGAUGAUAAAUCUACAAAACACUGGCUACAUUUGCUCAUUAAGAACUUGGAGUUGGGGGCUGUUCAACCAACGGAUCCGCGUCAAAUCGGUCUUCAGAUAAAUGCGUACAAUUGGCAUUUGUUUUAAUACUAAGCCAAUUCAAACUAUGCACAACUUACUACAACCUAAUAAUACUAAGCGCUUAAAACAGUUAUUAAAUAAAUUCGGCAUAUAUCAUACAUACAUAAACACAAACUCAUAUACUCUGCAUUGUACACUACCAUACGAUUUAUCUUCUGUAAAAUUUUGCGAGAAUUAAAUGCGCCUCAUGCUGUGCCAGGAUUGCAACAUCUUUUCAUUGUGAAUUGUAUUGAUAAAAUAAAUGAAAAGAAUUUAUAAUUAAGCUACUCAAUAUUUUAUUUUAUUUUUGUAAAUUUUGAAAUUAUGUACGUUAGAUGUAUUAACAGUUAAUUAAUAAUUAAAUUAUAUAGAAAAAGUUUCUGUUUUAAAAUGUUUGCCAAAAAUAAAACCUAUUUGAAAAUUAAACUGAAAAUUCAACAACUCAUUUUCAUGUAUGUCGGUUGAUAUGAAGCAAACCAAUUGGUUACUAAAUUAAAUUAUUCGAUAAGGAAUGCAUUUUCUGGCUAAUUUGCAACUUCAAAAAAAAUCACAAAUUUAUUUUCAAAAUAUAAAAACAAUAUGAAUAUGCUGGUUUUCUAGUUUUAUUUCUAAUAUUUAAAAAAAAAAACUUAAAGAAAUAUUAUUCUUAUUCUACUUGAAGUAUUGAAAUUCGUUCUACUUUGAUCUAGACUUUAAACAUCUUAUCAUUUAAAUACUACUAAUGAAAAGUACAAUAUUGACAACUAAAACAAUACUUCUUUCAAAACAAUGCAUUGAGAAGACUUAACCAGUGAUUUAAAGAUCUUUCAAAUCCAAGAUGUGAUUAUUUAAUUAUAAUUGUUUGUGUAAUAAAGAUGAAUGGCGUAUGUUGUAAAUUCAAUUUCUAAUGGCUGUAAACGUUAAAAUAAUUAAAUCAUAACCAACGAAAAAUUCCCCGCUGCUAUAAUAGAUAUUAAAAUAACUACUUUUAACUAAAAAAAAAACGGUAUACGAAAACAUUUUCAUUAUUAUUUGUCAAUAUUGCUCGUGGACUUGAUUUGAAGAAAAUAUGGAAACAUUUGAAAUUAGCAGAAGUUUGAAUAUACUUACAUACAGGCAUAGCAAAAUCCUUAUAUCUAAUUAAGAAACAAAACCAUACGUACACAAUUGUAAAGUUCUUCGCAAGACAUUUCUAACCUAAAACUGUCUUAAAAAUGUAAUGUAUAGUAAAAAUUAUUCAAUCAAAAACAUGUAAUGUUUGUAACUAACGCAUAUGAGUGAUUUAUUUUUUAUUUUUGUAUAGUGUGUGAUGUUGAUCGAUGUCUUGUGGGCACUUUAAUAAGAGCAACACAAAAUGUAUCUCAUUACAAAGAAAGAACCGCAUAUAGUUAAAAGUGUAUCUUAGAAAAUUAUUGCAUACAAACGUAUUGAAUACAAGCAUUUUUUUUUAGCGCAAAUUACAAAUUCAGCAUACAAAAUGGGUUAUUAGUAAAUGAAAACCAUUAAUUAAUUACACUCUCGACUGCCUAAAAGAAUUAUUGAUACAUAUAUAUAUAUAUAUAUAAUAGUUAUAACUCUACUGUAAAGUUUUAGCUGCCGUCUUUUCAUAAAUUCCGGAAUGCUAACUCACAUUUGCAAUAAUAUUGUAAUUAAUUUAUGUGAUUUACUUGUAAGCCAAUUAAAAAUGUAAAUUUUUCUGAAAUAUAAUUUUGUAUCCUUAUUAUUCAUUAAUACUUAAUACUUACUGCAACAAUAUACUCACCCAAACAUACAAAUAAUGCAGCGAAUUUUUUUUUAAAUGAAUAACAUGAUUAUUAAUAAUAGUUUGCUUGGCGGCAAUUGUUUAUUUGCGCACAGCGCAUGCAACACUUUUGGCUGCAAAUCAUUGUAAAAACAAUUGUGUAUUUUUUUUUAGACUUGAAAUUAAUAUUUUUCGUUCAAGAGAAUUAAAUAUUGUAAAAAAUUACCUUCCAGUGAAAGGCAAAAUUUAUAAUCUCCCUAAAAUUAAAAACAUGUCUAUUUACAUAUUAAUGUUGAACAUAUAUGUGUUUAAGCAUUUUGUUUAACUAUGUAUGAAUAAAUAUGACUUACGGUUUAAAAUAUAACCUAAAGUAGGAUAGGCGUAAAAGCAACUUAACUUGUAAACUUAUAUCAUUCUUUGUAAAUUGUUAUUAUAAACCAGCAUCCUAAAUAAAUUAAGUUUAAUAUGCAUACAUACAUACAUAUAGAUAUGAAUAUUAUUAUAGUUAUUUUUUUUUAAUAAUUGGGCUAUUUAAAAACAAAAAUGAUGAGCACUACGUAGAUUUGUAUGUGCUGGUUGUAUAUUAUAUGCCGUAGUUCUUAAUUUUUACCUUCAUACAAAAUACUAAAUCGAAAAUGUAACAUAUUGUACUUUAAAUAUUCUUAUUUUUCCUAUAAUAAUGCCUAAUUUAGCUUGUAUACAUUAUUAACUAUUUUACAUAAAGUUUGAAUUACUACAUACAUAUAUUGUAUAACUACAUAUUCAUGUCACAUUUAUAUUUAUUUUAAAUGUUUGUAUUAAAUAUUAAUCGUGCGAUUUGCCGAAGUUUUAAAAAAA